AUGGAAACCCCAUUAGUAUACACUCCACUCGCCGAAUCACACACGCACCCCACAGGCGCUGAUCACAUAGCCAUACGACGUCUCCCGGGCCUACUCAAAAGUGGCAUUACACCCAUCACACCACCACCGUACGAGAAUUAUUACCGACAUAAAGCUCAUCAGGAUUUGAAAUGGUAUCAGACUGAGAGAUUUGGGGGGUUCACUACACAAGAAAUACAUCUUCACGAUGCAUUUGCGCCAUAUUCGAGAUUGAGAGCUUCGGGGAAAUUAACCUGUCCCAUUCAUCCCAUGCUUCAAAGAUCGAAAUGGAGACGACAGUUACCUGCUCAAUUGGCUCGGUAUCCACUUGGGAAUGGGCGAGAAGGAUAUUGGGAUGCUUGGGAGAAUGAUCGGGUUUGGAACAUGAUGGUACCAGCGUUACAAUUGACAACGAUGUUCUUGGCAAAUUUAUAUACUUGGCCGUGGUUCGAUGCGUUAUUCUUUGGAGCGAUGGAAGAGGUAGACGCCGUAGAUUUACCGCCCGAACACCGCGGAAAGAGAGGGUAUCGAAAGUUCAAACUACGACCGCCUUAUAUAUCGGCGCAAGAAAACGAGCGAAGAAGGGUCCAAGCAAUGCUCGAAAGAUUUAGCGAUGAUGUGACGUUCGAUCUAUCCAGCGGGCAUACCGAUUCUCGAUCCGGGUUGCCUGAUGAGUUUGAGUUUGCAAAUACCAGUGGAAGUCUAGAUUUAGUGACGAAAAAAGGAAUUAGUAUUUCAAUGGCUUUUGAGAUAUUAGAGCCGCUGUUCAAUACAAAGAUAACGGAAGCGGAAUAUAUGAUAGUUUUAUAUCGAUUUGGGGGAACCUUAAUGCAUGAGCUUUGUCAUGCUUUUUGGGAUUGUCUGCGGAAAUGGGGUGUACGAGCCGAGGGUGAGGAUGUAAUUGGGCAGGAUUUAGAGCCCUGGUUCGAAGAUGAGAGAACCUCCGAAUUAGGCUUUUCAAUGGAGAAGUUUGUAUUCGGUGGUAUCACUCAAGAUUUCUUGAAGGAAGAUAGCGUUCCAUGCCGUGGCAUUCCCCCAAUGGGAUUUUAUCUGUUUGGAGCUAGAAGUACUCAUGUCCCGAAACUAUACGGGAAAAGAACCAUCAAUAGGCCGGAUGGUCUACCUCCUGCACCACCUUCAGCCGGAUUUGAAAAUGUAGAUACAGCUAUAGACGCCAUGAUGAUGCAAAGGGAACCCAUGAAUGAUGUCAUGAGGGGUGCAUAUUGGUUUCGCAACUCAUAUAAGCAGCGCACAUAUGAAAUCCAAAACGCAUUGAUGGCACACGGGCAUCGAGAAACUACUUAUCCGAUAUCAGGCUGGCCACCAGAAUCACAUGGCGACUCAGAUGACGAUGAUGAGGAUGAUGAGGAUAGUGAUGAAGAGGAAGAAGAUAAUGCUAAUAAAGAUGAUGAAGAUGAUGAGGAAGUGCCACUUUGUCCUCGGUAUGAUGAGAUCAAAAACUACUUGAUCAGGCAGAGAAGAGAAUUGGCUAUUGAUACAUUGAAAUUCAGAAUGCCAGAACAUCUCUUCUAUGAAUAUAUACGUAGAAACGGCGGGUUAUAUUUAAGUGCAGAAGAGUGGAGAGGAUUUCUCUUGAACAGUACCGAGCGAAAGGAAUUAUUUCAAAUCCGCGACAAGAAUGGAAGACCACCUACUCCAUACCAUGCGAUUUUCCGUAGACUUAGUGCUGGCUGGCCAACGGGUUUACCAGCCGGCGCACCUCCAGUGAAUGUGGCCGUAUCCAAGAUUCAGGAAGUAUGCUUCUUCCAUGCUACUGAAAAUUAUCUAGUAGAAAGAAAAGCCCCUUGGCAUAGGACAGACUUCUGGGAUGCCGAUGUGGAAAUAUUUCGAGCCUUGUGUAACAACUGGCUGAUAGAAAAUCGCCGAGGUGCUCCUCUUGAAAAGGAUGUUUUCGAGGCAUGUAUUCAAGCUGGAGUGCAGCCCCGAUUUGUUCAUGGUCCCAGAGGUAUUGUUCGCAGAUUGCCUGAAUCACCUCCGCAGCCGAAGCGACCCCAAAAAAGAUCGGCUCAGGGUUCUCAAUCGGGUCGGCCAGCAAAACAUCGAGCUCAUAGAAACAAGAAUCAUGAGAGGAUAGCCAAGAUAUACCCCGGAAAGCCAGCAGAAAGAAAGGCCAACGUCAAGGGUCAUUCGCACCUUUGCAAUACCUUGACGGAUCCGCAAAUCUUUGUAUACACCUUUCUCGAUAGGCCAAUAGUUCGGAUACACCCCCAUGUCGUCCUUUCAUUAGGAAUAAAGGUGUGA